AUGGGCAUAGGCGACAUCCGGUGGCCACUGCAGCAUCUGACCAGUGGUUCAGUGAACGAACAGCUGAGCUACCAAGUGAGAGGCCCAGGACUGUCUGACCUGAAAGCCCAGAAGUUCCGGCAAGAACAAGAUUCUGUUCCGCUGUUGGGUUCAGCGGAUUCCUACACGAGCAGGCCGUCUGACUCCGAUGUCUCUUUGGAAGAGGAUCGGGAAGCGAUUCGGCAAGAGAGAGAGCAACAAGCCGCUAUCCAGCUUGAGAGAGCAAAGUCCAAGCCUGUAGCAUUUGCUGUGAAGACGAACGUGAGCUACUGUGGUGCGUUGGAUGAGGAUGUGCCUGUUCCAAGCACGGCCAUCUCCUUUGAUGCCAAGGACUUUCUCCACAUUAAAGAGAAAUACAACAAUGAUUGGUGGAUAGGAAGACUGGUGAAAGAGGGCUGUGAGAUUGGCUUCAUCCCAAGUCCACUUAGACUGGAGAAUAUACGGAUUCAGCAAGAACAAAAAAGGGGACGUUUUCACGGAGGGAAAUCCAGUGGAAAUUCUUCUUCAAGUCUUGGAGAAAUGGUAUCAGGGACAUUUCGAGCAACACCCACAUCAGCAGCAAAACAGAAGCAAAAAGUGACGGAGCACAUCCCUCCUUAUGAUGUUGUGCCAUCCAUGCGUCCGGUGGUGUUAGUGGGGCCGUCACUGAAGGGUUAUGAGGUAACAGACAUGAUGCAGAAAGCCCUCUUUGAUUUCCUGAAGCACAGGUUUGAUGGGAGGAUAUCAAUAACAAGAGUGACAGCUGACAUUUCUCUUGCUAAGAGGUCUGUCCUAAAUAAUCCCAGCAAGCGAGCAAUAAUUGAACGUUCGAACACUCGGUCCAGCUUAGCGGAAGUGCAAAGUGAAAUUGAAAGAAUCUUUGAGUUGGCAAGAUCUUUGCAACUGGUUGUUCUUGACGCAGACACCAUCAAUCACCCAGCACAACUUAUAAAGACUUCUUUAGCGCCAAUUAUUGUUCAUGUUAAAGUUUCAUCUCCAAAGGUUUUACAGCGGUUGAUUAAAUCUAGAGGAAAGUCCCAAAGUAAACACUUAAAUGUUCAACUGGUGGCAGCUGAUAAACUUGCACAAUGCCCCCCAGAAAUGUUUGAUGUUAUAUUGGAUGAAAAUCAGCUGGAGGAUGCGUGUGAACAUCUGGGAGACUACCUUGAAGCAUACUGGCGUGCUACCCACACAACCAGUAGCACCCCCAUGACCCCUCUGCUCGGAAGGAAUUUGGGCUCAACCGCACUGUCACCAUACCCCACAGCAAUUUCUGGGUUACAGAGUCAGCGUAUGAGGCACAGCAACCACUCCACAGAGAACUCUCCAAUUGAAAGACGAAGUCUAAUGACCUCUGAUGAAAAUUAUCACAAUGAAAGGGCUCGGAAGAGUAGGAACCGCUUGUCUUCCAGUUCCCAGCAUAGCCGAGAUCAUUACCCUCUUGUGGAAGAAGAUUACCCUGACUCAUACCAGGACACUUACAAACCCCAUAGGAACCGAGGAUCGCCUGGGGGAUAUAGCCAUGACUCCCGACAUAGGCUUUGAGUCUGCAGAAGCAAACAAAAAAUUCAUCUGUUGACAAUUUGCCAUAGCACUGCUAGGAUAAACCAAUCAUCUUAACUUG